AUGCAGUCAAAACCCGACGCCUCCAACGAGCCAGUGUCAGAGCCGGUCGAUGGUGACUUGAAAUCUUGGUCACUGUCUUCUCCAUCAGUAGGGGGGUUGUUAUCGACGGAGCUAGCAGGACUGCCGGCAGACGCUCGACGCGACGAACUUCCUGAUGACGAACUGGAAUCCGAACUUUCACAACAAGUCACCUCCGAUAAAGCACAAUGCGAUCUAACUACCGACAUUGGCAAAAACAUGCCUAUGCCAAUCAUAUCAGAUGCCGCCCACGCCUACAAUGAUUAUGUCGAUGAAAGAGCACAAACUAACAUCAUUUGGCAACGGAACCUUGGACUGCACGCGGCAAGCUGUAUCGUAGAAACUGGGGUCAUAGCGAAUCGGGAAGAGGCGAGCGUGCAGCAGAUGCAAGCCACCGCGGUGGCGAGGCUCCAGGGGGCGCAUACGCAGGUGCCGAAGAACCGGAAGAUCCUUCGGCAACCCUAA